AAACACCUUACAGCGCGAAAUUCAGGAUUACACGCAUAAGCGGCAAGGGAACAGCAACGUGACGUGGGGCCAAACCACGUCACGUCACCUGACCAGACCUUCCGUUUAUCUUCCAAAAUAAAGAAAUGGAAAAACCCAGAACAGAAGAUGCGGUGGAUAAUGCCAUAUCAGAGGAUAAACCUAUGGACUCAUCCUCGACAUCAUCAUCACAGGUUGAUUCUCAAAAUAGGGAGUCCAGGAAUAUGAUUAUGAAUUCGAGCCGAAUUGCAAAAAGUUCAGAUCUAACCCUUCAAAUACCUCCAAGGCCCGGGGGUUUUGGGAGCAGCCGUAGUGGCAAAGGUUUACUCCAGUCUCCAAGUGUCGUAAAUGGAAAUUCUUCAAGUGGAGGCUUUCUUCGGGCUCUAAGCUUUAAGAAGAGGGCCACUGCAUCAGAUGGCGAAAGAAGCUCUCUCCUGAGUUCAGAUCCUAAGGCUGAAAGCCCCCUUUUUGCCAAUCUCAUGCCCAAAUUUAAUUGGAAAAGGUGUACUUCCCUUCCUGUCACUCAUGCAGCAGUUCUGUCACCUCAAGUUAUUACACCUACAUCAGCAAGGACUCUAAGCGAACGGCAAAAGUCACACAUAAGUGCUUCGCAAGCUACUGUUUCGAGGUCCCUCUCAGUACCUGGGAGGAAUAUUGUUAUUGUAAGGUCAUCAUCUUUUGCUACCCGUGAAAAUCAGGAUCCAGACGCUGACAGUGAUCAAAUUACUCCUGAUCCUGUCCACGAGGAUCAAGAGAUUCCUGAAGAAGAAGCUAUCUGCAGGAUCUGUUUCGAUACCUGUGACGAAAGAAAUACACUCAAGAUGGAGUGCUGCUGUAAAGGUGCACUCCGACUCGUUCAUGAAAAUUGUGCAAUCAAAUGGUUUAGCAUAAAAGGAAACAAAUUAUGUGACGUAUGUGGUAAAGAAGUUUCAAAUUUACCGGUGACUUUGCUUCGGGUGCCAAAUACUCAAAGAGAUAACAGGGAGCAGAACCAACAGGGUCUGAAUGCGACAAGUGCUUGGCAAGACUUUGUGGUGCUCGUCUUGAUAAGCACAAUUUGCUAUUUCUUCUUCCUUGAGCAGCUACUGGUAAGUUAUCAGGCAAUGGAACGCUGUCAGAACCAUCACCACAUUGUUACGCCAGUUCCACCACCUUCCGACAGACCCGUCGUCACCAACAUCUCACCAUUACCAACUCAACUACUACCACGAUCGCCACCACCAAAAUAUGGAAGCGGCUACCACCAUCACUCCAACAACCAAAAUGUCUUUGCAAAAGCACUGUUGCUUCAGAGUGACGCCUUUCAGUUGUGGGGUCUUGAGUGCGGUUGUGAGUGUCUUCGCAGCGAUCACAACCCACCACCUCAUAGCAACUACCAAAUCCACCAGCAUCCCCACAACUGCACAGAUAUGUCACCACCAACCAUCCGGGCUACAGCAGCGGCAAUGCUGCUUUAG